AUGAACUCAACUACCGAAAUUGAUAAUCUGAAGCGGGAAUUUAUUUUCACGUUGCGGAAAAAGUUCCCACGUGACUCCUCGUCAUCUAUUGCAAUAAUGACUGUGAAUCUGAUUCGAAAGAUCAUCUUUCGUGAAAAUCCAAAGACAAUGACCGAUUUGCAAGUUUCAUUGGCAAAUCAUUGUAAACGAUUGCACGCGGCCGAGAGAUCAGAACUGAUUAUCAUUAAUAUAGGACUGAUGAUUUCGAAACUGGCACGAGACGAAGUACUUCAAAAAAGAGGUGGUGGGGAACCCGAACCAUUGUAUACGUUGUGGAGAGAUGAUGAUGAAACAACGGAAAGAUUAAGAACUGCUGAUAUGAAGAAGAUUCGCAAAGAUUUGCAAGCUUCUAUUAAAGAGCUGACAACAGAAAUCGAAUCAUCACGUGAAUGUAUUGCUUCUCAAUCAACUGAACUCUUGUUCAAUAACGAUAUUGUAAUGGUUCAUUCUCUUGCAACUUCGAAAACUAUGCACGCUUUCCUUACACAUGCUGUGAAAUCAGGACGUAAACAUCGUGUAAUUGACAUUGUGGAUGAAGAGGAACAACUUGAAUCGGCUCCAAAUUUUGUUACCCCAAUCGAACUAUAUGAAGUUGCUUCUCGAAUGCCGGAGACGUCGAAAGUUGUUCUUGUAGCUGCCGCAUAUUUUCCAGAUGGAUCUUGUUUGGUUCCAGCCGGCGGUCAUCAAAUCGCUCUUCUUGCCAAACGCCACUGCAUCCCGGUCUACGUUUUGGCUCCAUUCUACAAGUUAUGUCCCUUUUUCAUGACUGAUCCGGAUUCUCUGCAUUCAUUCCGUUCAAACACUCUUCCAUUCGAUUUGUCAGCCCAAAUGACCGGACACGUGGAUUGCCUUCAUCCGGCAUUCGAUUGUCUACAAUCGGAUCUUGUUACUCUUUUCGUGUCCAAUACUUCGUGCAUCAUUCCAUCUCAUGUCAACCGACUGAAGGAGGAUUACUAUCACUCGCAGGAUAUCGCGGAUUAUUAG